CCAUGAGCGUGAUAUAGUAAGUAUAAUAACGAUGAUGAUGUUCACAAAAGCAUUUUGACAUCAACACUCUCAACCUUAGCAAAACUACAUCCUUUAGUCAACAACUCUCAUAAUCCCUACUAUUGUUAACUACUCAUCAACAUGUAAUUACUCCAACGCCAAGUGGGAUUCUGCCUAGACGAGAUACAGAAAGGUCAAAUGUAUAUAUUUUCAAUCACUUCUUUCAAUGUCACACUAUAAAUUUAGGUCCACAAUCAGAAAAUAAGAAGCUGUGGUCCUGGAAAACUGAUGCAAGCGUUAAAAGAAAGGCGGCAUCUUUAUCCUGAUAGAUUUGUUCCUGCACACAACCUACAACAAUCCAGACUACCUGUAUUGCAACAGAACAUGGCUCGACGAAGAUUAGUGCUCUUCCCUUUGCCUCUGCAGGGCCAUCAGACUCCGAUGCUUCAGCUAGCAACCAUACUUUACUCAAAAGGGUUCGAAAUUUCCAUCAUUCAUACAUAUUUCAACUCUCCGAAUCCUGCCAAUUACCCCCAUUUUGCCUUCCAUUCUCUGCCUGAUAACUUGACAGAAAGUGAAACUUCUACUGAAGAUCUUACACUUCUUCUGCACAAACUGAACAGAAACUGUGCAGCGCCUUUUAGAGAUCGUUUAGCACGAGUAAUGGAGGAUGCAUCGGUUGCUUGCCUGAUAACAGAUGUGAUUUGGUACUUCACACAAGCUGUUGCUGAUACCCUUGAUCUUUCGAGGAUCGUGUUAAGGACUAAUAAUCCAUCGUCUUUUAUGGCUUUCACAUACUUACCUCAGUUUAGAGAUAAGGGUUACUUAUCUGCUCAAGGCACUCAACUUGAAGAGCCAGUACCAGAGCUUCCACCUCUAAAAGUGAAGGAUAUUCCUAGAAACUACACUCGUCAUCCUGAACUAAACGAUGCCAUGGCUAAUAUGCUAAUGGAAACUUCCAAAGCUUCUAAAGGCCUAAUCUUUAACACAUUGCAAGAACUUGAAGGUUCUUCCUUAUCAUUAGUUCGUCAACAUUUCAACAUUCCUGUUUUCGCAAUCGGGCCAUUUCAAAAACAGGUUAAGGCCUCGUCGAGUAGCUUGUUAGCCGAAGACCAGAGUUGCAUUCCAUGGCUAAAUAGCCUGCCACCUAAAUCUGUGCUUUAUGUAAGCUUUGGAAGUAUAGCUGCUAUUGAUCAGACUCAGUUUAAUGAGAUUGCUUGGGGAUUAGCCCUUAGCAUACAAUCAUUUUUGUGGGUUAUUAGGCCAGGAUUAGUCCGCGGCCUAGAUGGGUCUGUGCCAUUGCCAGAUGGAUUCAUAGAGAUGGUCAUGGAUCGAAGCAGGAUAGUAGAAUGGGCCCCACAAGAAGAGGUGUUAGGUCAUCCUGCAAUUUGCGGAUUCUGGACUCAUUGUGGAUGGAAUUCAGUAUUAGAAAGUAUUUGUCAAGGUGUGCCCAUGAUUUGUCUACCAUUCUUUGGUGAUCAGAUGAAUAAUGCAAGAUAUGUGACUGAUGUUUGGAGGGUAGGGUUGCGAUUCGAGCAUGAUUCAAAUCGACAAGAUAUAGAGAAGGGAAUUAGAAGGCUAAUGGUAGAGACUGAAGGCAAAGAAAUGAGAAAAAGGGCAAUAAUUUUGAAAGAUCAAGCAAGUUUAUGUGUAGCUAAAGGUGGAUCAUCUUACCAAGCUUUGGAGAGUUUAGUUGCUCAUAUUUUGUCAUUUUGAAUCAUUUAUCUUCUUCAUUAUGAGCUUAAUCUUUUGUAGUUUCCCAAGGACUUUGCUUCAUUUUGGUCUAUUGAUAUCAACAAUUAUUUGCUAACAA